AUGCCUAUUCUCUCCGGAGGCAGUGAUCAAGACUAUAGUAACAUUAGCUACACGUCUUGUAAUUCCUUGAGCCACUUCUUUCCUGUCUCCAUUGAAACCCCUUCUGUCAAAGGGGUCCAUUACCAAAGAGCCAGGAGAAUUUACCAUCCUGAUCAAGUCUCCGCAGUCGAUCUAAAGACAGAGAUCAUGAUAAAUGUUGGAGGCAUCAAGUACCUGCUACCUUGGAGUACUUUAGAUGAAUUUCCCCUGACCAGACUGAGCAAACUUAAGUUUUGCAGCAGCUAUGAAGAAAUAAUUCAGCUGUGUGACGAUUACGAUGAAGACACCCAGGAGUUCUUCUUUGACAGGAACCCCAAUGCUUUUGGGAUGAUUGUCAGCUUUCUAGCAGCAGGGAAGCUGAUGCUCUUAAGAGACAUGUGUGCCUUGUCUUUUCAGGAGGAGCUGAGGUACUGGGGGAUUGAGGAAUCCAACCUGGAGAACUGCUGCUUUCGAAAACUAUUCCAAAAACUGCAGGAGUUGGCCGAGGUACGCAAAGAAGAGGAGCUUCGGAGGAGCAAAGAAGCUACAUGUGUCUUGGAUGAGAAAACCAAAUUUGGACAGUUUAUGAACAGACUCAGAGAUAUGGUAGAAAAUCCCCAGUCAGGACUCCCGGGCAAAGUCUUUGCUUGUCUCUCCAUUCUCUUUGUGGCCACCACAGCUAUAAGCCUUUGUGUUAGCACAAUGCCAGACUUAAGAGCUGAAGAAGACAGGGGCGAGUGUUCUCAGAAGUGCUAUUACAUCUUCAUCAUAGAGACCAUCUGUGUGGCUUGGUUUUCCCUGGAGUUCUGCCUCCGAUUCAUUCAGGCAAGGAGCAAGUGUCAGUUCUUCAAAGGACCCCUAAAUAUCAUUGACUUCUUGGCUAUUUCCCCCUAUUACGUUUCCCUCAUCUUCUCAGAGGAUGACUCAAAUGAGGAGGAUGACAGGCCAAGCAGCAACACAUAUUUGGAGAAGGUUGGUUUGGUGCUACGGGUUUUACGUGCCUUGAGGAUCUUGUAUGUAAUGCGCCUUGCCCGACACUCCUUGGGCUUGCAGACUUUGGGCCUCACAGUUCGGAGAUGCACACGGGAAUUUGGCCUGCUUUUACUCUUCUUAUGCGUGGCUGUCACUCUGUUUUCUCCUUUGGUCUAUCUCGCCGAGAAUGAAUCUGGGAAGGUGCUUGAAUUUACAAGCAUACCCGCUUCUUACUGGUGGGCUAUCAUUUCAAUGACCACUGUGGGGUACGGAGAUAUGGUACCACGGAGCGUCCCAGGCCAGAUGGUGGCUCUGAGCAGCAUCCUCAGUGGGAUUCUCAUCAUGUCUUUUCCUGCAACAUCAAUAUUCCACACUUUUUCCCAUUCCUACUCAGAGUUGAGAAAAGAACAUGAACGAUUGCAGUCUCGGCUAAACAGAGUAAAAAAUGCCAACCACUCUGGUGAGAGCGACACCUUCAAUGAGACAGACAGCUUGAUCCUGGAGGAUCAAGCAUCACCAAUCAAAUACAUUUACACAGGGAACUAA